CGUCACUAUAUUCUCUCUUAAAACUAAAUUCUUCAUUGUCAUUCCGCCAUUUUUCUUCUUACCCUCAUUCAAAACAAUCUGAAACAAGUAGAGCAAUGGUUCUUGGCGAAAGGAUUGUUUAGACUAACUAGGGUUACAUUCGAUUGCGAGUGGGUAAACCUAAAAUCAUCAAUUUGAGAAUCCAUUUCCUUCUUCAUCAUCAAGCCGAGCGACAAGCAUAAAGGUGGGUAUCACUUCACAAGUUGGAUUUUAAACUGAAAAGAGCAGGGUGGUGAGGCUAUCAAUUGCACUGGAAGUUUUUGCAUUUGGAUCUUAGGACGAAGAAGGCUCGUGCUGCCAGACAAAAGAUUAGGUUUAUAAUGGGGACAAUUCCACCAGUGGAAGCCGUUCAAUCGCUGAUCUUUGGAAUGAACGUGGUUAUUGGGGCUUCAAUUUCGUUCAAGUUUUCUUCAGUAAUUACUAUGGUUCUCAUACUUCUACUCGGUGUUUGUUCUGGUUUGGAGGGCAUAGCAGUUGGCAUUGCAGAUAAUGAAGCAAAUGCAUGGACAAGUUUGUGGAACGUAUCACUGCCCAAGAUGAUUGCAGCCGUCACCUUUGGAACUGGACUGUUCGAGUUGUUGCCAGACAGGCCAUACCUUGCAUCCAUUGCUUACUUAUCUGCAUCCUUUAUUUCAACUCCAAUUGGAGUAGCCAUAGGUACUCGCAUUGAUGCCGCUACACAAGCAGCAGUAGCUGAAUGGAUCUUUGUCUUCACAGCGGGGUGUAUUGGUGGAAUUUACGUCUAUGACACUGCUCUCUAUGGUCUUUCUAAACGCAACAAACGAUUGAAACCUAGUUUCUUAGGGGUAUUUGCUUCGGUGCUUGUAGGCGUGGGAGUGGCGGCUGUUAUCUCGACCUUGGAAUCAUAUUAUAACCAGUCUAUGUCAUGAAACUUGUGUAAGACUCUCUCCUUGUUGGUAUUUGCUUCGGGGCUUCUAGGCGUGCGAGUGAUGGCAAUGGCCAUGAUCUGGGAUGUUUCUUAAACCUUAAUGUGAUGCUUAAGACUUUGUCUGUGUAUAUCCAAAAUUUCUCUAAUGUGCAGUAAAACCAUGACUUUUGUUAACUUCUCUAAUGUCUGUUUGGUUUGCAUUGUAAAUUUUUGUUACCUUCUCUGAUGUCUGUCUGGUUUGCAACUAAUAACUAGAAAUUGACUUUUACAAGAGAUCUUAACAGCGAAAAGUAUACUCUUUUCUAGUUA